UGUAGAGAAUACAUCGUAUCGUUAAUAUUUAAUAGUCUUCCUUACAAACUUUAGACUUAAUUGUGAAGAAGUAUAAUUUAUGUAGUCAUCGGAAAACCAAUUUCUGGAAACUGGCGGAUGAGUACUUGUAGCUGUAGUCAUUUAUCACAGGCUUCUUUUUGCAAAUACCUUGGCUCAAAGGACCUCAUUUCCCCAUGCUCUCUCCGUCUCGUUUUGACUCUCCCCAUCCCGCUUGCACUUGAUCCUGUGCCUAGGCCAUAAAUAUCGUAUUAAAUAUUUGCCUUAGUAUCGCCUGCGAUGUCGGCGUUUCGCGUUUGCAUUAACGCCGAAUGUUGUCUGUUUAUCUCGCUAGUUAUUGUUCGCGCUGCCCAUAGGUGGUGUUUUGCCAUUUUCGAGGGGGGUGUUCGUGUGUCCAUGGGCCAUAGGGGAAGGGGGCUUGUUGGCAAGGGGAGCGAGGGGGAGGGUUUCGGCUCUGGUUUGGUGGUUGCAAACUUUUGUGGCAUUGCCAGUUGAUUGGAUUGCCAUGAGAUGAACUUGGCGUCGCAUGUGAAUGUGUGCGUGUGUGCGAAUGAGUGUGGCAAGUGAUUUAUGAGUCCCCAGUGCUGAUAUGGGAUACGCUAUACGCUAUGGAUAUACAAUAGAUACAAUGUCAUUAGCGCUCUCGCCGAUACACUGCUCCUUUUUAUGACGAGAACUUCCUACUUCUUUCGUCGAUUUUAAUUUAAGCACAUAAUGGCGAUAUCAUUGACAUCCAGCUACUUAACAUUUAAUUUUAGCAAAUUUUGCUCGUGUUAACUUUAUUUGGGGUUCACUGUGCUGCAAAACACUUAACUACUUAAGGGAAUCCAGGAGCUUGCGACAUUCCUGUUACGAACACUGACAAAAAUCUACUAAAUUUCAACAAGUGGAGUUUCUCUCUCUCGAUCGACAAUAAGUUGGAGUUAUUUCUAGAAAAGACGAAGCGUAUUCAAGAUGAUGCAGCCGGCGGAACAGAUCUUCUCCUGCGGAUUCGAACUCUUCGGGCGAGUACAGGGUGUGUGUUUGCGGAAGCAGACCCGAGAUCUGGCCACAUUGAACCACGUGCGCGGGUGGGUGAUGAACACGGACGAGGGCACGGUGAAGGGUCAGCUGGAGGGCACACUGCCCAAGGUCAACGAGCUGAAGUUCUGGCUGCUGAAUUUCGGCAGCCCGCGCUCGAUUAUCGAGCGGGCGGAGUUCACGCCCACCAAGGAGAUCACUUCGCACAACUUUAGCCGCUUCUCGAUUCGCUACCACAAUGUGUCAGCACCGAAAAAGGCCAUUUAAUCGAGAAUUCAGACUUGUAGUCCACUACCAAAUUGUAACUGUGCAUUUGCUGUAACUAUUUGUUUGGAUCUUUAAAUUGAGCUGCCUGCGAAUAGAGCCCAGUUGUGCUUCUGCGAACAUCAUUUAUAAACCUCUAAAAUGAAAAACAGGCUGCCAGCCACUAAUUAAGCCGCACAAAGAAAUGCUCAGCGCAAUUACAUGGAGGCUGGCACAUCCACUAUGUACUUAUUUUUAUAUAUCUACAAAGUAAAUAUAUGUAUAUAUAUGUAUGUGAGAUGACUUGGUUAGACAGACACCUGCAGCUUCAGUUUUAGCUUCGGCUUGGCCACAUUUCCAGUUGAGCGACGCCCCAAACUGGCAAUGAGUUUUUACGGCACACAAACAACAGCCAACAGCCGUGAGUCGAGGCAACAGACAAUACUGGCUAUACGGAAUAUCCAGAAUAACAACAGAGAGCCACAAAUAUUUAUAGCAGUGCGCUGAACAAGAGCAGAUUGACUAUUCGAUUGAAGGUGAAAAUCUAGUAAGUCGUGACUUCGCAAGGCGGAAGGAAGUUUUGAAAUGCAUUUUUGGGUAAAUGUAAUCUUUUAGAAACGUGCUAAAACAAAUUUGUUAUGGGAAUAGCGGUAUAUAAACCCGAAUUCUUUAGCAUACAUAUAGGUAUUUAAAAGUAUGCCUUGUUGAUGCGCUGUCUAUCUAAUUAUUGCUAAGAAGUUAAGGUUUCAAGUGUUGGAAAGUUCACUGUACUGUUUCCAAAUUUCAUUAUUGACAGUUACAUGUGUAAGCCUGCUGUUAGAAAAGUUCAAGCUGGUUUCUCAACUAAUAUAGUUAGUAAUAUUAAGUCUUGCUCUGUUUCUAAAUGCUAGAUAUCCAAAUUUGAUGAUGCUACUCAAAUCACAGCUUAUAUUCCGAUUUAAUCCCGAGUGGUUUUAAAUCAGAAUCGGGCUGAAAUCAAAGUGCCACAUGCACUGCACGUCUUAUCACAUUUUCGAGUUGUCCAAGUGUAUCGCAACUUGGAGCAAGAAUCCAGUUGCCCAGCGUUGCCGUUGUAGCUGUUGUUGUUGUUGUUGCGCCCCCAAAUGCCCUCCAUGGGUCGCUGACUACCACGACGCCACCGCCACUGCUCGCGCGAUGGCGUCACUGCCGGCGUCUCUGCCGCCGAAGCACUGCGCAUAAUCACAACAAAAUCAAACAAAUGAACGGCACUGACACAGCGGCAACACCAACGGCAGCAGCAACAGCAGCAGCAACAUCAACGCAGCGGCAGCAACAUCACCGCAACAGCAACAGCUUCGAGUCGCGUGUGUGCGUGCAUGUGAGGUUGUGUUGGCAACUUCGUUGCGUGCGUAACAGGCGCCCAGAUUUUCCGAGAGAGCUGAAAAAGAACAUUUCCACAUGCGGAGUGGGGUGGAGUGUUCCCAUUUGUGGAUGUUGGGUUUGCGGAAUUUUUAUAGGUUAAGCUGUAAGCGUUGUGUGCGGGGAGGACGGUUCUAGUGGUGGUGUAGAGUGGCAAAGGGGGCGUGGAAGAGGCUGGGGCGAGAGAAGAGGGUUGCUGGUGUGGCCUUAACUAGUUUCAGCCGGCCGGUGUCGUUGCCUUAUAAACGAGCUAAAAAUGCGAGAUAAAGAGCGCUUCGCACGACUCACUCGACUCACUCGGAUUUUUGUGAGUGAUUCCUGCGAAACCCCAAACACAAACCCAAAACCCCUGAAUUUUCCCAUGACCCCCACGUUCCCCCCGUUCUACCAUAAGCUGAAAUUCCUUUGCGCAUUCCUACGACGUUGACGUCGCUGCCUGUUUCCGAUGUCACUUCCUUAUUUAGUUGUUCACGUUGUUUGUUGUUUUGUGCUGUUGCCUGGCUUUUGGGUAGGAUUUCGCUGGAUUUCGUCCUUGUAGGCUCAACCCAAUUUAACAGCCAUCAGAAAGUGGCAGCGAAUUCAAUUUGCCAAAAAGCCAGGCAACCCACAAAAAAAAAAAAAAAAAAAA